AGAGAGUAUAAAGAGAAAUAUAUAGAAAGAGAUGCAAAUAAGCAUGAUAUUAAUCGAUCGCAUUCUAGAGAACCGCGCAACUCACAUUCCAGGUCGUUUAUGGAAGAGAGAUCUUAUCGUGAUAGAUAUCGUGAAAGAUCAAAUGAACGUUUUCAUGAAAGAAGAGACAGAGAUAAGGAUAGGGAUAGAGAUAGAGAUAGAGAGAGGGAAAGAGAAAGAGAGAGGGAUAGGGAGAGAGACAGAGAGAGGGACAGAAAUAGAGACAGAACUAAAGAUAGAGAUAGAUCCAGAGAACGAAGGGAUAUAGCACCGCAUUAUAUUGAAUCACCAAUACCCGUACCUAUAUAUUAUAGCAGUUUUCCUCCGAGACCAAUCGUAGUAGGCCCUAUGGUUCCAUUAAGAGGACAGAUUCCACCUAUGGCAAGAGGGAGACAUCCUCCUUUAAUGGCACCAGUUAGACCAUUUCAACCACGAUUUCCUCCAGAUAUGUACAGAUUGGGACAUCCACCUCCAAAUCCAAGAUAUGGACCAUUUUGAAUCAGUGUAUAUCUUCAUAUAUUGUCAAUUAUGAAGACAAUAGUUAUCAAUAAUAGUAUAGAUGUUUUAAUAUUCACCUUAUAUUUAUAUGAAUCCCAACAUGGAUAAUAUACGUAUUUCCUAGUUAUUUUUUAUAUGAUUAGCGAUCAAUAUAUAACAAGUAUUAAGCAUUCAAGCAUUUUAUU